AUGUCAGUAUCGGCUCGCUCUGCUGUAACUUGGGAAGUACGCAAGUUCGAGACGAAAAUUCUAGGAAAUCCUUUCGUCGGCGAGCCCCGACCUGAGCUCGAAAAUGCAUGGCAUAAUCUUUUACGAUAUGACAAUUUACAAGUACCAUUGAGCGAUUUCGAUGAGAACAUGCCCGUCAUACAUUUGAAAGAUGGAUCUGGUGUCAUUGCUCAAUUGACAGUUUUUCAUGCCCUUCACUGUUUGAAGAAAUUAAGACAAUGGGUUUACCGUGACCACUAUUACAGUACUGCUUCUGAAGAUCGACUGUCCCUAGAAUCUGAACAUGCAGAUCACUGUAUCGAAUACAUCCGAGAGAAUCUGAUGUGCAAGCCCGAUCUUUCACUCAUUACAUACAACGACCAUGAGUGUGUAAACUGGGAUAAUAUUGAUGCUUGGGCUGAGGAGAGAGAAUUUGAUUUGUUUCGUGUUGAUCUACUUGAAAGGCCUGACCCUAUGUCAUGA